AUGCUAGCCAUACUCCUGUCCUUUGUCGCACUUCUCCUGCUCGUUCACCUUAGCAACACUAGCCACCACAGCACAAUGACCGAGCGCGCCCUUGACUGGCUCCGGGACAAGGCUGUUGGGUGGAGCCACAGCCCCCCAGUGAACAAGAUCGAUACCCACCACCACUGCGUCCCUCCAUUCUACGCCAAGGCAGUCGAAGACCAAGGAGGCGACCCCAGCGGCUGGCCAACGCCUCACUGGAGCCCGCUCGCGUCGAAGCUGCUGAUGAAGCGCGUUGGCGUGCAGAUCGCUGUCCUCUCCGUGACAGCCCCAGGAGCAUGCAUUCUCCCAGAUCGUCAAGGCCGAGCCCAGCUCGCACGCCAGAUGAACGAAUACUCCGCAGACCUGCGCAAUAAAGAGCCCGAGCGGUUCGCCUUUUUCGUAUCGCUGCCCAAUAUUCUGGACACGCAGGACGCCCUCGCCGAGAUCGCAUACGGGCUGGAUACCCUGCAUGCUGAUGGAGUCACGCUAUUCACCCGCUAUGGCUCGUCGAAUACGUACCUCGGCCAUCCAGACAUAGAGCCCAUCUGGGCAGAGCUAAAUAGGCGAGGAUGUGUCGUCUUCAUCCACCCCACGCACCCGGUCGAUACGAACCCUGUUAAUCCCAAACUCCCACAGCCGGCCAUCGACUAUCCGCAUGAAACUACCCGUACGGCAAUGGACAUGAUCACGAAUGGUACCAGGCUCAAGUACCCAGACUGCAAGGUCAUACUAUCCCACGCAGGCGGAGCCCUCCCGUACCUAAUCUCGCGGGUGACAACGCCCAUGAAGAAAGCUCCGGACUUUGCAGUCUCGCACCGUAUGGGCACAACGCAUGAUAAAGCCAUGGAAGCGUUUCGCAGUUUCUACUUUGAUCUGGCGUUGAGUUCGGCGCCGCAGGUGCUGGAUAUGCUCUUGAAGAUGGUUCCGCAUGAGCAUAUCCUGUAUGGGAGUGACUUUCCGUAUGCGCCGGUUACGGCGUAUCCGGCGUUUUUGGAGGAGUUGGAGGGGUAUGAGAUGGAUCAAAAGUUGAGGAAUAUGAUUAAUUAUGGGAAUGCGCUGAAGCUGUUUCCGCGGUUGGUGAAGAUGAGAGGGAGUGAGUUGUAG